UCCACUGUUGAUCGUGGUGUCACGUACGUUGGUUUCUUUCACAUUUUAGUGACUUUUUACGUUGAUAAAUUAACCCCUUUGGUUAUACUUUAAAAGCUUUUYCAAAGUAAAAAUAUGUUGAGUCAGGCUGCAAGAAGAGUCUCCAGAUCAAGAAUUCCUUGGUCCACAGCGUCAUCUGUGAGAGCUUUACCAGUUACAAAGAGAUUCAUGAGAACUCAGAAUGUAUCAGCUGCCAUGGAAACCAGUAGUUACAGAUAUGAGUUGCUGGGGGUGUUGGCUGGGGUAGCAGUGGGUGCUGGUUUGAUUUAUCAAAARAAUAAAGGUUUCCAUGCCAAGCAAAUACCUUCCGGAAACACAAYYCAUGGCUCAAAACCAGGUACAAUAUCUCGCGAAGAGCUCUCAAAGCACAACAACCAACAAUCUGGUGUUUGGGUAACGUAUAAUGGRGGUGUUUACGACAUUAGUGAAUUCAUAGAGAAUCAUCCGGGGGGGUCAAGCAAGAUCAUAUUAGCCGCAGGAAGUGAUCUUGAGCCCUUUUGGGCAAUGUACCCAGUACACAAAAAAGACGAAGUACUGGAAAUACUCGAAGAAUACCGCAUAGGUGAUCUUGCACCAGAAGAGCGCAAACAAAAGAAAUUCAAUGAGAAUGAUCCUUUCAAAGACGAGCCACAUCGACACCCAGCGCUAAGGCUCAACUCAGAAAAACCCUUCAACGCUGAACCACCGCUUGAGCUUCUCGCCGACAACUACGUAACUCCAAGUGAGCUUUUCUUUGUACGCAACCACCUCCCUGUGCCGAAUCUUAACGAGAAAGAUUACAGACUUCACAUUUCAGGAGAGAACAUGAAGCCUAUUGUUAUAUCACUCGAUGAUUUGAAGACAAAAUACAAGAAGCGUACUGUCACGACGACCAUUCAAUGCGCCGGCAAUCGAAGAAGUGAAAUGAACGAAGUGAAGAAGGUCAAAGGGUUGAAUUGGGGCCAGGGUGCUAUCUCCACUGCAAAAUGGAGUGGUGUACUGCUCAAGGAUGUUUUCGAGGCAGCAGGGAUGGACGAGGAAGCCAUGGAGAAGGCAGGUGUUCAACAUGUUGUGUUUGAAGGAUAUGAUAAAGAUAUGAUGACGGGAACGACGUACGGUUCCUCUAUACCUGUUGAGAAAGCCAUGUCAUCACGCGGUGAUGUCCUACUGGCCUAUGAAAUGAAUARCAAACCAAUACCACKUGAUCACGGGUACCCUGUGCGUGCCAUCGUCCCAGGGGUCGUGGGUGCUAGAAACGUCAAAUGGCUGUCCAAAGUCGUCGCCAGUAAAGACGAAAGCACAAGCCAUUGGCAACAGAACGACUAUAAGGGCUUCUGUCCUUCAGUCGACUGGGACACCGUUAAUUUUGCAGGCUCACCCGCCAUACAAGAACAGCCUGUGACAUCAGCCAUCUGCCAGCCCAGUCCCCACUCCAAGGUGUCACGUGACGACGAAGAGGUCACUGUCAGGGGGUAUGCAUGGAGCGGAGGAGGGCGUGGUAUUGUGCGCGUGGAUAUUUCGGUGGAUGGAGGGAAAACAUGGUCAACUGCCAACCUUGAGGGAGCAAAACAACCCCCUAAUCGGGCGUGGGCGUGGUCUUUAUGGGAGGCUACUGUACCUAUCCCAGAAGGCGUCAAUGAGCUUAGUAUCGUUUGUAAAGCCAUUGAUAGCUCGUACAACGUCCAACCUGACAGUGUUGCGCCUAUAUGGAAUUUGAGGGGUGUUUUAUCGAACGCAUGGCACCAGGUCAACGUCGCCGUUGAAUAGUGACGGACCACCAGGAAAAUACGAUAUUUUAGGUAGAAUCGAUACUGGUUUUAGUAAUUUUAUGGAGGAAGGAUCGAAAAUCCUCUAAAGCUUGAAUCUACUAUAAUCCUUAUAGAUGGAAAAUCUUAGUAGAUGAAACCACGAACUGGAUCAUGAACUAUAGAACAUGCCGUUAGCCGGCUUAAUGUAUAUUUGAUAUACAUACAAGCCUCUUUCUAGUUAGUAAAAAAAUAUUUGUAGUACUUGCAUGCGCAAAAGCUCAGAUAUCGUAAUGCAUUAUGUCAAAAUUCUACAUGAAACUCGCGUCCAAAACUAAAAUUCUAAGGGUAAUCCAGUAUGUUUAUAUAUAAUGUGGUGUUUAUGUAAAAAGGUAAAACAAGACGUACUGUUUUGCUUAAGGCCCUGUUUACAUGGAGAUAGGGUCCCCCUACACGUAUAAUAAUUCAAAAUUCAAGAUGGCGGCCGUGAAUAAUCACUUACACAUAGGAAGGUUACAGUUAGUGUAUUAUACCACAAAGAACUGAAGUACAUACAAAAGGACUUUUUUCAAAGKUUUAUUGACAAAUAUGAAAUAUAAAAGAAAAAUUGACAGAAAUUAAAUAYAAAAUGUUAGAUUUUUACUGAGCGCAUAUAUUUCGUGCGCUUACUCGGGCAAGCAWUAAACAAAAAAUGUAUUUUAACUUGUUUAGAGGUAUUUCUAUAGCAAACAAGAGCUCAAAAUAUAAGUGGUAUAAACAAUUUCGAAUUAUGGACCGUUUUUGAACAACAUUGGGUUUAACAAAAAAUCAGGUCUACAUUAAAAAACUGCAAUAUAAAUUACAAAAACCCCAGUGGUAUUCAUCUCUUGCCGGCACCACCAGCUGAUCCUGCAGCACCCGCAACACCGGGAGGUCCUCUGCCACCUUGUGGUCCCGGGGGGCCCGGUGGUCCUGGUCUACCAGGAGGUCCUGCUGGGUUACCAGGGUAACCUUUCCAUCCAUAAGCUCCUAUGUUUCCUGGUGGACCAGGAGGUCCUCGUGGUCCCUUUGGUCCUUGUGGGCCGGGUAACCCUGGUGGUCCGUCUGGCCCYGGUGGUCCUGGAGGCUGUCUUGGGUCGUAAGRUAGAUUGUUGUAGUUUGAGGAAAGGGCUGGUGAGAUUGCUGGGACGUAUCGCGUGUUUCUCUUGUGAUCUGAGAAGAAUGGAAUUAAAUAAACGCUUUAUAAGAAACA